AAUAAUUUUAAUAAUGAUAGACCCUCUUAUAAUUCAUCAGAAAUAAUUAUGAAUGAAGCAGAGGUUCAGCACCACUCUGAAUCACAGGCGAAUACUCCUGAAUUAGGAUCUAAUACUCCUUCUCAGGGUAGUUCUAGGGCUUUUCUUUUGCAAGAAGAUAUGAAUGAAUUGUUUG